CGGGCGGGGGGCGCAGUGCGGGCGCCACGUGGAGGGGGAAGCGCCGGAGCAGCGUGGGCGCCGCCGCCGCCAUGGCCUCUAACGAUUACAGCCAGACGGCGACGCAGAGCUACGGGGCUUACCCCACCCCGCCGGGCCAGGGCUACUCCCAGCAGGGCAGCCAGCCCUACGGGCAGCAGAGCUACAGCGGCUACAGCCAGUCCACCGACACCUCGGGCUACGGCCAGAACAGCUACAGCUCCUCCUACGGCCAGACCCAGAGCAGCUACAGCACCCAGUCCACCCCCCAAGCCUACGGCAGCACCGGCGGUUACGGCAGCGGGCAGAGCUCGCAGACCUCCUACGGGCAACCCUCCUCCUACCCCAGCUACUCCCAGCCACCGGCGGCCAGCUCCUCCACCGGCAGCUAUGGCAGCGGGUCGCAAAGCUCGAGCUACGGGCAGCCCCCCAGCGGGGGGUACAACCAGCAGUCCAGCUACAGCGGGCAGCAGCAGAGCUACAGCCAGCAGUCCUCCUACAACCCCCCCCAGAGCUACAGCCAGCAGAGCCAGUACAACAGCGGCGGCAGCAGCGCCUCCAACAGCUACGGUCAGGAGCCGUCGUCCAUGAGCGGGGGCGGCGGGGGCUACCAGGAGCAGAGCGGUGGCUACGGCGGGGGCCAGCAGGAGCGCAGCCGCGGCCGGGGGGGCUACGGACGAGGUGGCUACGACCGGGGGGGCCGCGGAAGCCGGGGCGGCCGCGGAGGCAACAUGGGCGGUGGUGAGCGUGGUGGCUUCAAUAAAUUCGGUGGACCCCGGGACCAAGGGCCAAGGCAUGAUCCUGGCGAGCAGGAUAACUCGGACAACAACACCAUCUUCGUGCAGGGGCUGGGGGAGAACGUCACCAUCGAGUCGGUGGCCGACUACUUCAAGCAGAUCGGCAUCAUUAAGACCAACAAGAAGACGGGGCAGCCCAUGAUCAACCUGUACACGGACCGGGAGACGGGGAAGCUGAAGGGGGAGGCCACCGUCUCCUUCGACGACCCCCCCUCCGCCAAAGCCGCCAUCGACUGGUUCGACGGCAAGGAGUUCUCGGGGAACCCCAUCAAGGUGUCCUUCGCCACCCGCCGCGCCGACUUCAACCGCGGGGGCGGGGGUGGCCGGGGGGGCCGCGGCCGGGGAGGCCCUAUGGGACGCGGCGGCUUCGGCGGCGGCAACAGCGGCUCCGGGGGCGGCAACCGGGGGGGCUUCCCCAGCGGGGGGGGCGGCCAGCAGCGAGCCGGCGACUGGAAGUGCCCGAAUCCAGCCUGUGAAAACAUGAAUUUUUCGUGGCGCAACGAGUGCAACCAGUGCAAAGCCCCCAAACCCGAGGGGCCCGGCGCCCCCCACAUGGGCAAAUACCCCGGGGGGGGCGGCGGCCGCGGCGGCAACCACAUGGGUGAGUCUGGGGGCCAAAUUUGGGCUGUGGGGGGGGUGUGACG